AUGGUCUCCACCACGGGUCUCUCCGUGGGGCUCGCCAUUGGCGUGCCGGUGUUCCUUAUCAUCGUGGUGUUAGCGUUCUUCUGGGCCCGCAACAACCGCCGCCAGAAUAAAGAGUUCAUUGACGACGACGACGUCGACUUGGACUUGAAAGACGACGCCCUGUACACCCAGUUCCACCACCAGCUCGUCAAACCAAUGCAGCCGGACGAUCCGCCGCUGGACUCUCAGCGACUGCUGACGCUCACCGAGCUGGUGCAGCGUCCGCAAAAGCUGACCUACGAGUUCUACGAGACGUUUAUCCCCGUGAUGCAGAGCGACGUGCUGACGGCACUGCUUAUCGCCCCGCCACCGGCGGCACCUACCAUCGCUCGCGACCCCAUGCUGUCGACGCUGGACGUACUGGUACCACCGCUGGCACCACUGCUGGCACCUCCACAAGCACCACCGCCGCUUACGUCGCAGCCCAGUCACAUCAGUCUCGAUAAGCUCGCUAAGGACCUCUCCCACUCUGAAUUUUUUGAGAAGUUGCCGCUGAAGGCACUGGCCCCGGCGCUGCCGAUGAACCCGUGGCGUCAGCCUCCCGCCUACCGUGCCAGCCCGCUGCCACUGACCGACAUUUUGAAUAACAUCGUCGGCGAAACCCCUACUGCCUUAAACGAGAAUUUCGUCUACGAGGCUCAACUUGCCCCCGCCGAGCGCGACCGGCUGCGCCAGCUUAUGCGUGCCCGCUCCCACUCACUGGCAACCACCGCUAGCACCUCGCUGCACAAACGACCGACACUGGUGGCGCAGGCGCCGCCGCCGCCGCCGCCGCCGCCCCACAUCGCCGAGGAGCCCGAAGUGCUGCCCCUGCCGAGCCGUCCCCUACACGACGAUGAUGUUGACGACGACGGGCGCCGGUCGCCAUUUGUCGAUCCCCCCGAUAUCGAUUAG